GGCUCUGUUGGCAAUUUGCAGUAGCGUGGUGUAAGUUGUGACGUGUCGUCUUUGGCAAGAAAUUUAUUGAAAAAUUCAAUCAAUUUCAAUAAAACGGAUGAUUUUCUUAGAGUGAGAGUUGUUCUAUUAACUGUUAAAAAUGUUGACAAAGUUUGAGACCAAAUCAGCCCGCGUUAAGGGCCUUUCUUUUCAUCCAAAAAGGCCCUGGGUUCUUGCUAGCUUGCACAAUGGUGUUAUUCAGCUGUGGGACUAUCGCAUGUGCACCCUGUUGGAUAAAUUUGAUGAACACGAUGGUCCAGUGCGUGGAAUAUGUUUCCACAAUCAGCAGCCGUUGUUCGUGUCAGGUGGAGAUGAUUACAAGAUCAGAGUUUGGAAUUACAAGCAGCGCAGGUGCAUUUUUACUCUUAUGGGACACUUGGAUUAUAUCAGGACUACCAUGUUCCACCAUGAAUAUCCCUGGAUCCUGAGUGCAUCCGAUGAUCAGACCAUAAGGAUUUGGAACUGGCAGAGUAGGACCUGUAUCUGCGUCCUGACUGGUCACAAUCAUUAUGUCAUGUGCGCUCAAUUUCAUCCGUCUGAAGAUAUAAUAGUCUCAGCGUCCUUGGACCAGACGGUACGGGUUUGGGAUAUUUCUGGUCUGCGCAAGAAGAACGUUGCACCAGGUCCAGGUGGUCUUGAAGAUCAUCUUAAAAACCCUGGUGCCACUGACCUUUUUGGUCAGGCAGAUGCAGUUGUCAAGCAUGUCUUGGAGGGUCAUGAUAGGGGCGUUAAUUGGGCUUGUUUCCAUCCUACAUUACCACUGAUUGUGUCAGGUGCUGAUGAUCGUCAGAUAAAAAUGUGGCGGAUGAAUGACGCCAAGGCUUGGGAAGUUGACACUUGCCGUGGCCACUACAAUAACGUCUCUUGCGUUCUGUUUCAUCCGAGACAAGAUAUUAUACUGUCAAACUCUGAAGAUAAGAGCAUCCGGGUCUGGGACAUGACCAAGAGGACUUGCCUGCACACAUUCCGCAGGGAACAUGAGAGAUUCUGGGUCUUGGCCGCACAUCCUACAUUGAAUCUCUUUGCGGCUGGUCACGAUUCUGGAAUGAUUAUAUUCAAAUUGGAACGUGAGAGACCGGCUUACGCGAUCUAUGGGAAUCUACUGUACUAUGUCAAGGAUCGAUUUCUGCGCAAGCUUGAUUUCACCACCUCUAAGGAUACCUCAGUGAUGCAAAUCAGAGGAGGCGGGAAGACACCAGCCUACAGCAUGUCCUACAAUCAGGCUGAAAAUGCUGUACUCAUCUGCACGAGGUCAGCAUCCAAUAUAGAGAACAGUACUUACGACCUCUAUAUGAUCCCACGGGAUGGUGAUUCCAAUACUGAUCCAGAGACCAAGAGAGCCUCUGGUGUUACUGCCAUUUGGGUUGCUAGAAACCGGUUUGCCGUCCUCGAUAGAGCUUAUUCUCUGGUGAUAAAGAACCUUAAAAACGAGGUCACAAAGAAAGUUCAGAUUCCAAAUUGUGAUGAAAUCUUCUAUGCUGGAACUGGUAUGCUACUUCUAAGGGAUGCAGACCAGGUUACUUUGUUUGAUGUUCAGCAAAAGAGAACCUUAGCGGAAGUGAAGAUCUCCAAGUGCCGCUAUGUAGUUUGGGCCAAUGACAUGUCGCAUGUUGCGCUACUAGCUAAACACACAGUAAAUAUUUGUAAUCGUCGCUUGGAGUCACUAUGCUCGAUUCACGAAAAUACUAGGGUCAAGUCUGGUGCCUGGGAUGACUCUGGUGUGUUCAUCUACACUACGAGCAACCAUAUAAAGUACGCUAUAGAUAAUGGUGAUCAUGGUAUCAUUAGGACCUUGGAUCUGCCAAUCUACAUAACUAAAGUUAAGGGAAACCAGGUUUACUGUCUUGAUCGCGAGUGUCGACCCAGGAUUUUGAGAAUUGAUCCCACCGAGUACAAAUUUAAAUUGGCGCUUAUCAACCGGAAGUACGAGGAAGUGUUGCACAUGGUGCGCAGCGCCAACUUGGUGGGGCAAUCCAUCAUUGCUUAUCUACAGCAGAAAGGAUAUCCAGAGGUAGCGCUGCACUUUGUCAAAGAUGAGAAAACGAAAUUUGGACUCGCUCUGGAGUGUGGUAAUAUCGAGGUAGCUUUAGAAGCUGCGCGUACCCUGGAUCAGAAAGCUUGUUGGGAGAGUCUGGCACAGGCAGCUCUUCUGCAGGGAAAUCACCAGGUUGUCGAGAUGUGUUACCAGAGAACAAAGAACUUUGAAAAAUUGGCAUUCCUUUAUCUUAUCACUGGAAACUUGGAUAAGCUGAAGAAGAUGACGAAGAUUGCUGAGAUACGAAAGGAUGUAUCUGGGCAGUACCAGGGAAGUCUACUUCUGGGAGAUAUCUAUGAACGCGCCAGGAUUCUCAAGAACUCUGGUCAGACAUCCUUAGCCUACGUAACCGAGAAGAUCCAUGGAAUAUGCAACGAGGAUGAUGAUUCUUUGUACGAGUCGAUGGGCGAAGAACUCUCAGAGAUGGUGGAUGGCGCCACGCAUCUGCGACCACCAAUUCCUGUUCAGCAAGUAGAGAUUAACUGGCCUCUACUGACAGUAUCCAAAGGAUUCUUCGAGGGAGCUAUGAUGUCUCGUGGCAAGAGUCAGGUAGCAGCUGCACUGGCACCAGAGGAGGACACAGGUCCAGUCGAAGGCUGGGGCAACGAUGACGAGUUGGGAAUUGACGACGAGGAAGGCAAUGAGGCAGGACCACCUGGUGCGGACGGUGAAGAGACUGCAGGAUGGGACGUAGAGGACCUGGAUUUGCCACCGGAAUUGGAAAAUGUGGUGGCCCCAACAGAAGAUGGUUACUACUCGCCACCCACUAAGGGAAUCCCACCCUCUCAACACUGGAUGAAUAAUUCCCAACUGGCUGUGGAUCACAUACUCGCUGGAUCAUUCGAAUCUGCAUUCCGGUUGUUGAAUGAUCAAGUCGGAGUCAUUGAAUUUGAAGCUUAUCAGACUCUAUUCUUGUCGACCUUUGCUAGGGCGCGUACUUCCUUUGCAUCCUUACCUAGUAUUCCUUCACUUUAUGCAUAUCCACAGAGAAAUUGGAAGGAAGCCACUCCAAAGAAUGGUCUACCUGCUGUCGGAUUGAGACUCUCCGAUCUAGUUCAGAGACUCCAGGUGUGCUACCAGUUAACGACGGGUGGUAAAUUCGUGGAAGCCAUUGAGAAACUUCAAGCAAUACUUCUUAGUGUGCCAUUGUUGGUUGUUGACACUCGACAAGACAUUGCAGAGGCUCAGCAACUUAUACAGAUCUGCAGAGAGUACAUUUUAGGUUUAAAGAUGGAGACUGACAGAAAAAAUCUGCCUAAAGCAACAUUGGCAGAACAAAAAAGAAUCUGUGAAAUGGCUGCAUACUUUACACACUGCAAUCUUCAACCAGUUCAUCAAAUUCUCACAUUGAGGACAGCAGUUAACAUGUUUUUUAAGCUGAAAAAUUACAAAACCGCAGCUUCCUUUGCUAGAAGAUUACUGGAGUUGGGACCUAGAGCAGAGGUUGCUCAGCAGGUUCGAAAGAUUUUACAGGCGUGCGAUAAGAGUCCUGUCGAUGAACAUCAAUUGCUAUACGACGAACAUAAUCCGUUCUCAUUAUGUGCCGGAACAUAUACUCCAAUUUACAGAGGUAAACCAGAAGUGAAGUGUCCACUCUGCGGUGCCAGCUACCAGCCCCAAUUUAAAGAAUCAAUUUGUAAAGUAUGCGAAGUGGCUCAAGUCGGCAAAGAAUGCAUUGGACUGAGAAUAAGUUCCUUGCAAUUCCGGUAAUUCCAUAACACUACAGAGUGAAAAAAAAAUCGAAUAAAAGUACAGACAAAUGUCGCGAAAGUGAAUGUUUUACGCAGUAUUGACUGUUUUAAAGAUAAUAGGGUAUUUUGAAAAUAUCAAUAGACAAUUUCUAUUAAAUAUAAUAGUAUGUGAAAAGAAAAAAAUCAAUAGAAAUUGUAAUACUUUUAUCACCCAUAUUAAUGUUCCAAAGUGGUAUAUAAAGCCUUAUAAGGGUUAUAAUUUUCAAAUAUACAAUUUCUUAUAUACGAAA